CAAAACGAGAGAAUACGAUAGGGAAGGUCAAUAACAAUAAGAUUAUAGGUGUUACGAGCAAUGGAGAAAUAUCAUAAGAAAAAUGAUGGAGGUCGGUUCGAUGCUAUGCACUCAUGAUAUUUUGAUUAAAAACCCUAAUUGGAACGUGUUCGUGAGAUAGGAUCAGCAGGUCUCGGUGUUUCUUCUUCCUCGAUUCCUUCAUUUUUCUCCUUGGUGAAUUAUAGAAGGACAAAAGGGGAGACGGUCAGAGGUACAUUUCUUGAGGGCAGAUGGCUUGGAGGCGACUCCUCACGCAGGUCUCAAGACAGCAUUCAGAGUUGAGGCAAAUUAAGGAGUUCUAUAUUCGACCUCUUCUCCCUCUCCAAAAUUUUCCAGUCAGUGGAGAGAGUAGACUUUUGGGUGUGCAACGAAGGAGCCUGUCAAGUUAUGUUGGCAGUUUAGCUCGGAGAGCACGUGAUGCUGAUGGAGCAAAUGAUGUCACACUGCUUAAAGAGCUUUACCGCCGAAGUGAUCCAGAAGGCGUGAUAAGACUAUUUGAAAGUCAGCCUUCGCUACAUUCCAACCCCUCCGCACUUGCUGAAUAUGUUAAAGCAUUAGUCAAAGUGGAUAGACUGGAUGAAAGUGAAUUACUCAAGACAUUGCAGAGAGGAAUCACAGGAUCUUCUAAUGCACCAAGGGGGGAUGAAAGUAUAGGUGGCCUCUCAGCUUUCAGGAAUGUGGGAAGGUCUACAAAAGAUGGUGUACUUGGAACUGCCAGUGCACCUAUUCAUAUGGUGGCAUCAGAAGGUGGGCAUUUCAAAGACCAGUUGUGGCGUACAUUUCGCACUAUUGCAUUAGCAUUUCUCCUAAUUUCAGGAGUUGGAGCGCUCAUUGAGGAUAGGGGAAUCAGUAAAGGACUUGGACUGAAUGAAGAAGUGCAGCCUAGCAUGGAAUCUAAUACAAAAUUUAAUGAUGUGAAGGGUGUUGAUGAGGCUAAAGCUGAGCUUGAGGAAAUUGUACAUUAUCUUCGUGAUCCUAAGCGUUUCACCCGUCUAGGAGGCAAGCUCCCCAAAGGUGUUUUGCUUGUCGGCCCACCUGGAACAGGUAAGACUAUGUUAGCAAGGGCCAUUGCUGGAGAAGCUGGAGUGCCUUUCUUCUCAUGCAGUGGCAGCGAGUUUGAGGAGAUGUUUGUGGGUGUGGGAGCAAGGAGAGUAAGGGAUCUUUUUGCAGCGGCCAAGAAGCGUUCUCCCUGUAUAAUUUUCAUUGAUGAAAUAGAUGCAAUAGGGGGUAGUCGUAACCCAAAGGACCAACAGUAUAUGAAGAUGACUUUAAAUCAAUUGCUCGUUGAACUGGAUGGUUUCAAACAAAAUGAAGGGAUUAUUGUCAUUGCUGCGACCAACUUCCCAGAAUCAUUGGACAAAGCACUGGUUAGACCUGGGCGGUUUGACCGCCACAUUGUUGUUCCCAAUCCUGAUGUAGAAGGACGGCGGCAGAUCAUGGAAUCCCACAUGUCCAAGGUGCUCAAGGCAGAUGAUGUUGAUCUGAUGAUCAUUGCCAGAGGCACACCUGGGUUUUCAGGUGCAGAUCUUGCAAACUUGGUAAACAUUGCUGCUCUCAAGGCUGCAAUGGAUGGUGCUAAAGCAGUGAGCAUGGAUGAUCUUGAAUAUGCCAAGGAUAAAAUCAUGAUGGGAAGUGAGCGCAAAUCAGCUGUAAUAUCAAAUGAAUCACGGAGGCUGACGGCUUUCCAUGAGGGUGGUCAUGCCCUUGUGGCCAUCCAUACUGAUGGGGCUCUUGCAGUUCACAAGGCAACCAUUGUUCCACGAGGAAUGGCUCUUGGCAUGGUUGCACAAUUGCCUGACAAGGAUGAGACAAGUAUUUCACGCAAGCAGAUGCUUGCUCGGCUGGAUGUAUGCAUGGGUGGGCGUGUUGCAGAAGAGCUCAUAUUUGGAGACAGUGAAGUUACUUCUGGUGCAUCUGAUGAUCUAAAGCAAGCAACAUCUUUGGCAAGAGCAAUGGUGACCAAGUAUGGGAUGAGCCAAGAAGUAGGGCUUGUUUCUCAUGAUUAUGACGACAAUGGGAAGAGUAUGAGCACUGAGACGAGACUUCUCAUUGAGAAGGAAGUUAGAGAGUUCUUGGAUAGGGCAUACAAUAACGCAAAAACCAUUUUGACAACCCAUAAUAAGGAGUUGCAUGCGCUGGCUAAUGCUCUGCUUGAGCAGGAAACCCUUACAGGAAAUCAGAUCAAAGCUUUACUUGCCAAGGUCAACUCCCUGCAGCAGCAGCAAGUUCAACAACAUGUUUCAUCACAAAGCAGUUCACAGUCUGCACCUGUGCCUCCUACACCUGCCGGAGCUGCAUCUGCUUCUGCUGCCGCUGCAGCCGCUGCUGCUGCAGCUGCUGCAACAGCUGCAGCAAAGGCUAAAGGUGUUGCUCCUGUGGGAUCUUAGUCCAAGCAGUGCUGGUAAGAAUCGGAUACCCAGUUACCACCAUAAUGAAUUUAAUGUGCAUAUAUAGUAAUUUAUCCGACAUUUUAUCAUCUUGAAAGGAAGGAGAGAGACCCCAUAGAGGUUGCAGUUGCUUGCGGUCUCUCCAUGUAAUCACUAUUCGUGAAUUUUAAACUGAACACAAGCUGUAGAAAUUACUGACGGUAAGUUUUACCAAUCAAUUUUAGUAGUUGAGAGUAAACUCGGGAACCUAUAAUUUUCAUGCUGGCUUCAUUUCCUCUUGAAGUUAACAUUACUUAGAAAAAGAAUAGUUAUUAAAUGAA